ACUACCAAUAAAUGGCUGCCACAUCUGUAACUCAUGUGGCCCACAUAACCAGAGAACCUGCCUAUCCAAAUAUCUUAGCCACAUAUCUAAAUUCCAAAUUGAAAAAUAAAAAAACAUUGUAAGUAAAAAAUUGAUUUGAUCAGCAAAUUAAAGCUUUCAUUUGAAAAAAAUGGAGGCAGUUGUAUCUCAAUCUCUCUACUUUCCCAAGAUUUCCAAGCCCUUAAACUAUUCUUCUAAUUCUACUUCCAUUUCUUCUUCAUACUCAUGUUUACCAUGCAAAACUUCAGUCCUUUCUCAUCAAUCUGCUAAAGUUGGAGGUGUUACUAGGAUAAAUUUGCAAUGUAUGAACCCAAUUACACAAAGAAAAGUUGGUGUUGUAUGCGCUUCUGAAGGUGCAACUUCUUCUGCUACUGUUGUACAGGGUUGGCUUCUUGAACCUGUAGGAGAUGGUGAUUGGAAGCACAUAGGUUUCAAGGUAGCAAUGCCAAGUGCAUAUGAAAUUUUUUCUGAACAAAUGAUUGUUGGGCGUGUACCUGAGCAAGCGGAUUUGGUGAUUCCUGUUGCCACAGUUUCAGGAGUACAUGCUAUGAUUCAAAACAAGGAAGGUAAUUUAUAUGUAAGUGAUAUGGAUAGCACAAAUGGGACAUUCAUCAAUGAAAAGAGGGUACCUCCUGGUGCUACUGCUGCUGUACCUCCUGGAAGUUUGCUCACAUUUGGAGAUACACAUCUUGCAAUAUUUCGAGUUCGAAAAAUAGAGAAAAUGUUAAAUACCAAAGAAGAAGAAGAACAAGAAGAAGAUAUAACAGGCGAAGGCACAAAUCAGACAACUGCUCAACCAGAAACUACAAGUUAAAUUCUUGGAUAUGAAAGUUCAAUUUUAUCCAACAGUUUCGUGAUGAUAUGUAAUGAGUUAAUGGCUAAUGAGUGCAUAUAUAUCUUCAUAAAAAGUGAAAGAUGCAUAGAGAUUUUAAAUUCAUUAGUUUAUAUCUACUCUUUAUCUCCAUAGGAGGAAAGCAAUGCAAUUUUGUGGCAAGUUUGUUUAAGAGGGUAAUUGGAUGCUUCACCUCAAAAUGUACAAUACUUUCUUAAAAACAUGUUAACAAAUAUUAUAUGAGAGAAUGGGUCGGUUACUUUUUCCUUGAUUCAAAUUUA